AGACUAAGUUUUUCAAAAUGAAGUAUCCGAGAAGAAAGUUGUUCACUAAAUGCGUAUCAGAAUAUGAUACUAGUCUCUCUUGUCGCAAAGACAGCGCGCGUCUAGACGCGGUCGCCAUUAUGAAAGAGAAGAGUAAGAAUGCUGCUCGCUCCCGACGAGAGAAGGAGAACGCGGAGUUCUUAGAGCUCGCCAAGCUUCUGCCUCUCCCUUCUGCGAUCACCUCACAGCUGGAUAAGGCGUCGGUGAUAAGAUUGACGACCAGUUACCUGAAGAUGAGGCAGGUUUUUCCUGAUGGUCUUGGCGACGCUUGGGGAGCGGCCCCACCACCCCCUCAGCCCCGAGAGCUGUCCAUACGAGAACUUGGCUCUCAUCUACUCCAGACCUUGGACGGAUUCAUCUUCGUGGUGGCUCCUGAUGGCAAGAUUAUGUAUAUUAGUGAAACGGCUUCCGUGCAUCUUGGGUUGAGUCAAGUGGAGCUGACAGGGAACUCGAUAUACGAGUAUAUCCACCUGUCUGAUCACGAGGAGAUGACGGCAGUGCUCAGUCUUCAGCAUCCACAGUCUUAUCUACCACAUCAGUAUCCUACCCUUGGGUACCCAGUGGGUGGUACGUGGGGGCCCACAGUGGACAUCGAGUGCGAGAGAGCAUUCUUCAUCAGAAUGAAAUGUGUGCUCGCCAAGAGAAACGCGGGUCUCACAACCUCCGGAUAUAAGGUCAUACACUGUUCUGGGUACCUCCGCGCGCGACGCUUCGGCGAAGGCUCGGCACCACUAGGCCUGAUAGCAGUGGGGCACUCGUUACCGCCGUCAGCUGUCACCGAGCUGAAGCUACAUUCUAAUAUGUUCAUGUUUCGAGCUUCGCUGGAUAUGAGGCUGAUUUUCUUGGAUGCAAGGGUGGCAUCACUGACGGGCUACGAGCCUCAGGACCUGAUCGAGAAGACGCUGUACCACUACAUCCACGGCACGGAUGUACUGCACAUGAGGCACUCGCAUUGUACACUAUUAACCAAAGGCCAAGUAACAUCUCGCUACUACCGCUUCCUGACCAAGAGUGGUGGCUGGGUGUGGAUGCAGAGUUACGCCACCAUUGUACACAACUCCCGGUCUUCAAGGCCGCAUUGCAUCGUGUCUGUUAAUUAUGUGCUUAGUGACAUCGAAGAAAAACACCAAAUCCUAAACAUCAGCCAGGGAGCUCCAAAACACAUGAACACCGAGUGCCCCACGCCAUCCCACAUCCCCACCACCACCACAUCCCCACAGAUGCCCCACAUACGACACACCGAGAAGAUCAACCCCGUCCCUAACGAGAGCGAGUACAGCGACUCUAGUGGGGGAUACAACUACCCCGAAUAUAUCCCUCUAAUCCCCCCCUAUGAGGCACAAGAAGAAUACCACCAACAGAACGGGUCUUACCAAGAAAUAUUCUACGAAAACUACACAGAUACAAACGAAAUUCUACCUAAUUACGUCAGUUAUCCCCAAAAUCAACGUCCGUUUUCUGCGAGUUCGUCCUCUUGUAGCUCUAUAGAAGGCUCGGAAAUACCAAACCAGUAUAAUUAUACGAAUUUAAUAUCGUUCUACGGGGGGCAUAAUCAGAAUCAGAAUGGAAGGCCUGUGGAGAAUUUUGCAAAUAAUUUUGGUAAGUUGACCCCCAGUCCAGCGGUACAAGAAGGAAGUUAUACGAGUGUGAUAGUUGAUAAUACGCAGCAGUUUCACCACCAUGGAGGGGGGGUGAACGAAUUUGUUCAUUGACAAACAGUUGAGUGAUACAUGUAAAUAAAAACCCUAAAAUAUAAAGUAGUCUAAGAUUUUCGACUUGAAAGUUACAUAAAUAAGGUAAAAUAACGUUUUUUUUUGUCUA